CUGACAAUGCGAUAUCUCGAUACCGCUAAAGGCAAAUGCCCUGCGACUUGCAGGUGACACAACGACUUUACUCAACACACAUAAACACGUACUGAUACGGCACUACGAACGAAAGCUGCGGUCUUCUUCGAUGAAAGUCGGUCUGUAAUUUCGAGCCAGCUGACGUUUAGCGAGUCAAGGCGUUAGCCAGCCGCUACACUGUUAUUGUUCCAGCAGCCGCGUCGCGUCGCGUCGACUAGUCAGGCGGAAAAACAAAAUAAAUAAAUGAAAUAAAAAACAAAAAAGAUUUAAUUCCCCUAGUGGAGACGGGAGAAGUGAACGGCCAGAGUUAUGUUUUAUCUUGUCGUCCCGGGGAGAUGGAUGAAAAGUCCAGCAACAACCAUCGGCUCUUGAUUGUCCUUUUCAUGCUCCUGCUCUUCGGCGUCAUUGUGCUCCAGUACGCCUGUCCUAGCGGCUCCGACUGUCACCUGUUUCACCUCGGGUCGUUACUGAAGCCGGCCGGUUCCGCCGGGCGGAACGAUUUCGGAGACGUGCUCUCAAAGGACCCGUACGUUGCAGAGGACGGGGCGCUAGUUCGAUUUGUCCCCCGCUUCAACUUCUCGGAGGCGGAUCUAAGUCACGCCGUGGACUUUAACAUCAAGGGCGACGACGUCAUAGUUUUUCUACACAUUCAGAAGACCGGGGGAACGACUUUCGGCCGCCACCUGGUGCGCAACAUUCAACUCGAGAGGCCCUGCGAGUGCCGCGCCGGUCAGAAAAAGUGCACCUGUUACCGGCCAGGUAAGAAAGAAACGUGGCUCUUCUCCCGUUUCUCCACCGGUUGGAGCUGUGGCCUUCAUGCCGACUGGACGGAACUGACGAACUGCGUCCCGUCACUCAUGGACACGCGUGAGGCUCCUAAGACCCCCGUCCCAAGGAAUUACUAUUAUAUAACCAUCUUACGGGACCCAGUGUGGCGCUACCUGAGCGAGUGGCGCCACGUGCAGCGUGGUGCCACAUGGAAAGCUUCCCUACAUGUGUGUGAUGGACACGCGCCCACAUUGUCCGAACUGCCCAGCUGCUACUCUGGAGACGAUUGGUCAGGUUGCUCCCUGCAGGAGUUCAUGGAUUGCCCCUACAAUCUUGCCAACAACCGGCAAACACGCAUGCUAGCAGACCUCAGCCUGGUGGGCUGCUAUAAUGUGUCUGCCAUGAGCGAGGAGGGUCGCUGGGCAGUGCUCCUUGAAAGUGCUAAACGUAACUUGCGAGGCAUGGCUUUCUUUGGGCUGACUGAGUACCAGCGCAAAACCCAGUACCUGUUUGAGCGCACCUUCAACUUGGAGUUCAUUGCGCCCUUCACGCAGCUCAAUGGUACACGUGCAUCCAGCGUUGAGGUGGCCUCUGAGACACAGCGCAGGAUCCGCCAGCUGAACCGGUGGGAUGUGGAGCUGUACGAGUACGCCCGUGACCUCUUCCUGCAGCGCUUCCAGGUGGCAAGGCAGCAAGAGCGCAGGCAGGCCAGGGAGAGGCGGCACCAGGAGAGGAGACGGCUCCGGGGAAGGCUCACACUAAGGCCUGGGAAACCACUGAAGCCCACAGAAAUGCCCCAUCGGCCUGAGAGUCACCCUCCACCAACUGAUGGGGGGCAGAGGGGAAAUAUGGAUGUGGAGUCUGAGGCGCUGCUCCCAGACUGGUGGGAUCUGGAGAACAGUAUCAUGGAGGACUACAUGGACAAUGUAGAGCAGUGGUAGUGUAGGGACCAAUUUGGGGGGGCUUAAAUUUGUCAGUUUGCCUUGUCCAUUGCCAGUGGUACUCUGUCUCCAUUAGCA